ACAUCAUCAUCCUGUUGAGCUUAGUCCAGAGCAACAUUCAGUUACUCGUGGCGGCACCGAGGCUUGUGCUUUUUUUUUUCUUCAAUUACCAGUGAUUUUUGUGAAACAUUUUGAUAGUUCUAUUCAGUGAUCCGAAGGAUUAUUUUCAGUUGGUGGAUGGUGUGAAGUGGUUUGGUGGAGUUCUUGGACUACGUGACAUGACGAUCACCACCAACUUCCCAAUGAUGCGCCCUUAUGCCGGAUAUCCCUUCCAGGAUCUUUCAUCGAUCCCAGGUCAAGGACGUGUCAAUCAGCUGGGAGGGAUCUUCAUCAAUGGUCGUCCAUUGCCGAAUAGUGUUCGCCAUCAGAUUAUUAUGAUGUCUCAUCAGAACAUUCGACCUUGCGAAAUUUCCAGAAAACUGCGAGUAUCUCACGGAUGUGUAUCAAAAAUUCUGAAUCGUUACCAAGAAACAGGGAGUAUUCGUCCUGGUGUAAUCGGCGGUAGUAAACCACGAACAGCAACACCAGAGAUAGCAAGUCGUAUCGAAGCAUACAAACGUGAAAAUCCAAGGAUAUUUCACUGGGAUGUGCGAGACAGGCUCAUCAAAGAAGGUAUGUGCGACCGUACGACAUUGCCAAGUGCAUCGGUUAUAUCGAGACUGAUUAGGGGAAAGGACUGCGAGGACGAUGCUACUGCAAAACUUGCCGACGGGAAAACAUCGGAGUCGGACGCAGAUAGUGAGCCAGGAGUAGUCCUGAAACGCAAGCAACGAAGAAGUCGCACAACAUUCACCGCCCUGCAACUCGACGAACUGGAGAAGGCAUUCGAGAGGACCCACUAUCCGGACAUCUACACGCGUGAAGAGCUGGCCCAGAGGACGAGAUUAACUGAGAACAGGAUUCAAGUGUGGUUUAGUAAUCGUCGAGCACGACUGAGGAAGCAGACUUCCUCGGCAUCUACAUCGGGCUACUACGGCCCAGUGCCUUACCCUCCAGCCACCGCAGCCACCUCAUACGUUCUCCAUCCAUCGACCAGUGGACACUCGCACGUAGCUACAGCUGCAGCAGCCGCAGCGAGUCUACCCGCACCUAGUCACUCCAUGCAUCUGCAAUCGCUGGGGCAGACCAUUUCUGAGACUGCUUUCACUUCUGGCCAAGAUUUGUACGGUGCGUCUCAUCACACAGCCGUACCCCACCAGCUAGCAGCGGCAAUGGCCGAGUCAAAUCGUCUCCCCCCAGCAAUUCCCCCCAGUGCCCCCUAUGAACCCAAAUUCGAACCCAAGUACGAAAUCCCCGCCUCUUAUCCGCCCACAAGUCUUUUUCCCCCAGUCACUGCUGUCCCGAUAAGCCACCACGUGACUCAUCAUCAAGUAUCACCACCAGUUACCGUCCCUUCAACGACUUAUCAACAACCCGGCCAUCAUCAACUUCCCCCAACGCCAAAUUCACUGGUCACGAUGAUGGGGCCAAACUCUGGUAACUCUAAUCCACCCACUGAUCAGUUGACUCCCAGUGAAUUGUCCAUUGGCUCGGCAUCACCGAUUCAUCAUCCCGGUCACCAUAUGCAUGCCCAGGGACACCAGCAAGGUGUUCAGGGUAAUCAGGAUAACCAAUCAACGCCAUCUUGGAAUCUGUCAAUUCCAAGUGGGUCUAGAGUGGGAUUGCCUCCCACACCACCCACUAGCCUUCCACAAACACAAACUCAUACCUCUGGUAAUCAUCAUCAGGGCUUUGGACACUAUACCACUGGUGGAUUUCAACAGUCGGCUAGGCCGACACCUACGCAUCAACCGUUCUACGGCUGGUACUGAAGAAUCGCAGGUUGUCAGGUUGACGUUGCAGGUGAAGAAAAUUACGGGCGAACUCAUACGGGGAAAAUACGAUUUUGUUGGGGUGAAAAGAAAUAUUUAAUGCAUUUUUCAAAAUAAAAAAAAUCUGACUUUAAAAAUUGUAAACGACUCCUAACGUUUCAAAAUCGGUAAUUUAAUUAUUGUGAAUCGAAAAAUCGGUUUGACGAAUCGCCCUGGAAACAGCACUGAGCUUAACCGGGUGAUGACUUGGACAUUCGAAAAAUGCGACCGAUAUUAUGAAAAUUGUUUAAAAGAUUAUUGAUCUGAUUGUAAAAUUAUUGUAUAUUCAAACUUUUCUGAUUGAUCCAUUCAAAUUUCCUCGAAAAUGUGAUUUCUAAAAAAAUUUGUAAAUGAAAAAGUAAUAGAAGUUGUAUAUAUUGAUUACGAAAAGUAGUAUUUGCUCUGUAGGCACUAGACUAAUUAUUAAUGAAUCUACUAUCACUAAUUUUUUAAUUUGAAUUUAUAUCUCCUUUGGUUAUGUGAUGAUAACCCGAUGAGGUAACUUUUCUAUCACGAUGUACAUAUAUUUAAUUAAGUUUCUUUUAAUGAUUGGAAGAAUUAACGAAGUUGUUUGUACGUAUGAAAAUUUGGAGUGUGUAAGUAUUGAUCCUCUCUGCGACAUUAGUAUUAAGUGGGAAUUAUUGGUAUCGGUAAAUUUGACAUUUAUGGAUACGUAGUUGAAUUAUCAAUAGAUAAUUAAGUUUUAUUAAUGAAUGAAUUGGUACUCUGUUCGUUUCUGAAGUUCGUGUCGAAUGGAAAUUUAACCAAAAAAUUAAAAGAUUUUUUCGCGACGCGAUUUAUAGAUCAAUAUCGUAAUAUUAGUCAUCAAUAAUUGGAUAAUUUUUUAGUAUUAUUGGUAUGCAGUAUAGACAUGUGCAGUGUAAUUAUGUUAAUGAUGAAAAAUAAAAUACUAUAGUGUAAUGAAUGAGUUACCUUCUGUUAACGUUCAGCUUAAUGAUUGCCUGAAACAAGAAAAAGGAUAAGGAUAAUUCGAGGAUAAUCGGACAAGGAUAUAUAGGAUAUUCAGAAAAUACACCCAAAUUUCCAAUCGCCCAUAAGGAAAAAUUAAUAUUGAAAACAAAUCUCGACUUGACCCAAAGUGUACAAAAAAAUAUAUAAAGUCUAUGUCCC